AUGGACGAACCGCAGUUUAUUCCAAAAAAGAACAUUAGAGAUGACGACGGCGAGAAAAUUGAAGAUGACGUUGAAAUGCUGAGACCUGAUAGUAAGAGACCAUCUCUGUGGACAAGAGGCGAAAGAGGAUUGUUUUCAGGAUUUGGUUUAUGCCUGCUAAUUUGCAACGUGUGUGAGGUAUCAGAAGGUAUGGACGAACCGCAGUUUAUUCCAAAAAAGAACAUUAGAGAUGACGACGGCGAGAAAAUUGAAGAUGACGUUGAAAUGCUGAGACCUGAUAACGACGCCUUCAUUCCGACAGCAUCCUCGCCAUCUACCACCUCUGUGGUCAGUACAUCCUCUGUCUACACGUCUGCACCAUCAUCGAGCUCUUCUUAUACUGGUUCUACAAGCAGCUCGUCUCCUUACACUUCUACACCGUCUUCAAGCUCUGUUCAUACUGGUUCUACAAGCAGCUCACCUACUUACACUUCUUCAAUGUCUUUAAGCUCUACAAGCAGCUCACCUUCUGUUCACACUCCUUCAACAUCGUCAGAAUUUGCAACGGUGUGUGAGGUAUCAGAAGGUAUGGACGAACCGCAGUUUAUUCCAAAAAAGAACAUUAGAGAUGACGACGGCGAGAAAAUUGAAGAUGACGUUGAAAUGCUGAGACCUGAUAGUAAGAGACCAUUCUCUGUGGACAAGAGGCGAAAGAGGAUUGUUUUCAGGAUUUGGUUUAUGCCUGCUGUACGACUUGCAUCGAUUAAGUUAAUAAAUCCCAAAAACGUCGACUCGAUUACAGUGUGGUAUAUCAAGCCCUCAACAAAAACGUCCAAAGAACGUCCAGUUGUAGAGGAUGGAUCACCGACGAGCGUUGUACGAUUCCCAGACAUGCCUGAAGCUGUCGAUGUUAUAAUUCAAAUAAACAGGAAAGAUCCCAACGAGGACAUGAAAUUCAGAAUUUCUGUAAAGGCUUGUUUCAAAGAGGCAACAGAAACGACUCCAUACUCAACCAGUUCAUCUUCCAGUGCGACAACAUCCAUACCGUCCUCUGUUCCCUCGUCUACAUCUUCAUUGAGCUCUUCAAGCAGUGUUUACACAAGCUCUCCAAGCACUUCAGUUUCUACUUCCGGUGUCCCGUCAACCAGCGUUUAUUUGACACCGACAACCGUGUGUACUGUAGACGAAGGCAUGGAUGAACCGAAAUUUAUACCAGAUAGAAACAUAAGGGACAAUGAUAAUCGGCCAAUAAAAGAUGCCGAUAAUCUGAGACCAAGAAACAACAAUCCAUUUACUGUAGACAGGAAUACAGUCACGAUACGAUUCGUCUUUAACCCGGCUAUUCCAGUAGAAUCGUUGAAAAUGAUUAGACCUAACAACGUGGACAGUAUCACAGUUACAUAUAUAAGUCCGAGAAAUAGCAGGCCAAAACCUGUUGUUGAGGACGAAAAGCCGCAAAAGCUUGUACGUUUCCCGCAACAGCCAUAUGCUGUGGAGGUAGUGAUCAAGGUAACAAGAGACGAUCGCAACGAACCGAUGUCUUUCCAAGUAUCUAUAUGGGCAUGUUAUGAAGUUGUCACUGAGACGACGCCUUCAGUUCCGACAGCAUCCUCGCCAUCUACCACCUCUGUGGUCAGUACAUCCUCUGUCUACACGUCUGCACCAUCAUCGAGCUCUUCUUAUACUGGUUCUACAAGCAGCUCGUCUCCUUACACUUCUACACCGUCUUCAAGCUCUGUUCAUACUGGUUCUACAAGCAGCUCACCUACUUACACUUCUUCAAUGUCUUUAAGCUCUACAAGCAGCUCACCUUCUGUUCACACUCCUUCAACAUCGUCAGAAUUUGCAACGGUGUGUGAGGUAUCAGAAGGUAUGGACGAACCGCAGUUUAUUCCAAAAAAGAACAUUAGAGAUGACGACGGCGAGAAAAUUGAAGAUGACGUUGAAAUGCUGAGACCUGAUAGUAAGAGACCAUUCUCUGUGGACAAGAGGCGAAAGAGGAUUGUUUUCAGGAUUUGGUUUAUGCCUGCUGUACGACUUGCAUCGAUUAAGUUAAUAAAUCCCAAAAACGUCGACUCGAUUACAGUGUGGUAUAUCAAGCCCUCAACAAAAACGUCCAAAGAACGUCCAGUUGUAGAGGAUGGAUCACCGACGAGCGUUGUACGAUUCCCAGACAUGCCUGAAGCUGUCGAUGUUAUAAUUCAAAUAAACAGGAAAGAUCCCAACGAGGACAUGAAAUUCAGAAUUUCUGUAAAGGCUUGUUUCAAAGAGGCAACAGAAACGACUCCAUACUCAACCAGUUCAUCUUCCAGUGCGACAACAUCCAUACCGUCCUCUGUUCCCUCGUCUACAUCUUCAUUGAGCUCUUCAAGCAGUGUUUACACAAGCUCUCCAAGCACUUCAGUUUCUACUUCCGGUGUCCCGUCAACCAGCGUUUAUUUGACACCGACAACCGUGUGUACUGUAGACGAAGGCAUGGAUGAACCGAAAUUUAUACCAGAUAGAAACAUAAGGGACAAUGAUAAUCGGCCAAUAAAAGAUGCCGAUAAUCUGAGACCAAGAAACAAAAAUCCAUUUACUGUAGACAGGAAUACAGUCACGAUACGAUUCGUCUUUAACCCGGCUAUUCCAGUAGAAUCGUUGAAAAUGAUUAGACCUAACAACGUGGACAGUAUCACAGUUACAUAUAUAAGUCCGAGAAAUAGCAGGCCAGAACCUGUUGUUGAGGACGAAAAGCCGCAAAAGCUUGUACGUUUCCCGCAACAGCCAUAUGCUGUGGAGGUAGUGAUCAAGGUAACAAGAGACGAUCGCAACGAACCGAUGUCUUUCCAAGUAUCUAUAUGGGCAUGUUUUGAAGUUGUCACUGAGACGACGCCUUCAGUUCCGACAGCAUCCUCGCCAUCUACCACCUCUGUAACAAGCAGUUCGCCGUACACCCAAACAGGACCGGUCUCUACAUCCUCUGUCUACACGUCUACAUCAUCUUCAGGCUCUGUGUAUACUGGUUCUACAAGCAGCUCAUCUUCUGUUUACACUUCUACGACAUCCUCAGCUGCUUGUAUCAUAAGCAGAGGAAUGGACAGUCAUUCGGAUAUUCCAGACAAAAAUAUAAAAACAAAUGACAAGAAUGUGAACGAGAAAAUAAACAGGCUUAGACCCGAACACCGGAACCCGGCAAGGAGCCACAAACCAAACUUUAAAGUUACCAUAGACCUUCCGGCUGAUGGUGUUCCAAUAGACAGAGUAACCCUUCCGGACAAUAACAACAUCAAGGCAGUGAAAGUGUACUAUACACCCGAAGGACGUAAUUCCCUUUUACCUAUUAACGAUGACAAGCCUGUUCCUGCCGACGAGCCCGUGAAAAUGCCGAGGGGUGUCCCCAUCACUCGCGUGGUGAUCCUGGUCGUCCAGAAAUACAUUGAAGAAGACGCAAUCCGUAUAACAGUCCAGAUAUGGGGAUGCUUCGUUCCAGGGACAACAACCGAGUACAUAACAACCCCAAGCAUGUAUUCCUCUGUCAGUGUACCAUGUGAUGCUGAAAGUAUGGUUGACAAGUCAAUUUAUUUACCAAAAGACUCGUUGGAGACAAACGACAAGAGUUUAGACAUUGACUCGUUGUUUCCCGGAAAGCCGAACGGACCUGCUAAAUCUUAUCUGAAAAACCUUAAGAUUACUAUCAAAUUUAGCGGUGGCGCUGCCCUGGACAAAUUACAGAUGCCCACACAUGCAAACAUUUUGACCAUCCAGAUCAUGAUCUUGCUACCAGGGGAGUCAAAUCUAAUACCGUAUAUGGGCGGUGUGGCAAUUCGAGUGACAGACGAACCCAUCCAGCUUCCUAGCGGUAUCAUGGCUAGCCAAGUUAUCAUUAUUGUCAUUGAGAAGUUAGUGCCCUCUCAACCCAUCUUCAUCACCAUUAAUAUCUGGGCCUGCUUCGAUAUCAUGACUACACCAGGAUUUACAUCUUCAACUGGAUCUACACCGCUUGCGUGUGAACAGAAACUUCUAGACUACGAUUCCGACAAUGUUAUCACCGGCGGUUCUUCUCAGAUGCCAGCGGCCAACCCUGUUAUGGCACUUAAGGGCAGUAACGCCUUCUGGUCUCCAAGGCAGAAUGAUAAGGAGGUUUCGCCAUAUGUAUUUUUCCAGAUUAUGGCCAAGGAUGACAAAGCAUCAGUGUAUCAAGUAUCAUUUACAUCACGUUUCUCAAAAUCCGUCAUCAUCACCCUGUACAACAAGAACGGCAAGAAUGUAGACACGAGCGAUAAAAUCAAAUGCGAUAUCCCACUUCAUCACAAACACAUUACAUACAACUUCUACGGUCAAACCGGAAGCAUGAUUUACAUUUAUGUACAACCUGUCAAGAAGUCGCCACCACAGAUCAGCAAUGUCCAGAUACAUGCCUGCUUCGAAGAGGAAAUGGCGAUAACCACUCCCGCGCCGUACACAAGCUCUACGACCUUGGAGUACUGUGAGUUCACGUGUGAUGGUGGCGACACGUGCCUUUCAGAAAAUAAGGUAUGCGACGGAAACUGUGACUGUUAUGAUUGUGCGGAUGAAGACUGUGCCACGCCCCCAACACCUGAUGGUGGCUGGAGUUCAUGGAGUCCGUGGAGCAAAUGUAAUUGUCAAGGAACCAAAACGCGCGUGCGCCGCUGUGACAAUCCGAGACCAAGAAAUGGCGGGAAAUACUGCAAAGGAAAUUCAGCGGAGACCAUAGAUUGUGAUCGCCCAGACAAAUGCGACAAAUGUGACAAAGGAUACGCCCCAGUAAUGGAGGACGGAGAGGUAGUCACGUGUGGAGGCUUUGUAAAUGAAAAGUGUCCGAAGAAGAACGAUACAUGUACGCUUUACCCACGAUCUACACUUGGUACAUGCUGUAGACCUAUAGAUUUCUGGACUCCUUGGGGCGAAUGGAGCUCCUGUUCACAGACUUGCGGUGACGGCGUAGAGACUCGAUCUCGUACUUGCACCAGCAAGAACCAAAUAAGAGACUGUACUGAGAAUAAUAUGGACAGCAGGAAGUGUAAUGAAGGAGACUGUCGUGUUACUCCAACUCCAUACUACUCGACAUCAGGAACGCCAUCCGGACCUGACGGCGAGUGGAGCUCGUGGUCUCCAUGGUCCCGAUGUUCCAGGUCAUGCGGUGAAGGAGAAGAGACCCGAUACAGAAGAUGUAACGACCCCGCCCCAGGCCCAGGUGGUAAGCCAUGCAAAGGCGCAGACGACCAAUCAAGGAAAUGUAAAAAGAAGGACUGUCAAGGACCUCCCAAUUGGUCACCGUGGUCGCCAUGGGGAGAAUGCGAUGUCCACUGUGGAACUGGCAUGCGAGCAAGAACAAGGGCUUGUGACAGUCCAGCACCAGGACCUGGCCAAGAAAACUGCCCAGGACUAUACAGCGAUACAAAGAUCUGUACUGAGCGUCCAUGCGAGUGUACAUUUACCAUGUCUGGAUUUGAAAGCAUAUUUGGUUACGAACCGUCCAAUCAAAUAGGUUGGGUUGAAAGUGAUGGCACAUACGGUCCGACCAGUCCAGAGGAAGAUGUCUAUGUUGAUGAUACGUUUGAAGACGGUGUAGUGGUACACGUUGACUGCAGUAACUGUACUUGUGACGAAGGUCUCAUUGACUGCAAGCUUGGUGAAUGCGAAGAAUGCACAUACUCAAAAUGGACUGAAUGGGGCGAGUGUUCCAAGUCAUGUGACGUUGGACAAAGGGAGAGAACUCGACGUCUGAGAAACAACUCCUCAAGGAGACCGUCUAAAUGCAAGCCAGUGGUCACUGACAGACAGGACUGUAAUUUAGAUCCAUGCCCAACUGAUGUUCCUCCGGAAUGGAACCCAUGGUCCCCAUGGGGUGACUGCACACCAGACAGGCCGUGCACAUUUGGAACUAGACAGAGAAACAGGAUGUGUUCUGUACAACCAAAUACUAAUUGCUACGGAGAUUCCAUUGAGACGAAACCCUGCGAAAACCCGUGCACAUCAACACCCUCACAAUGCGGAAACGGCAUGGUAUGGAGCGAGUGCGGAAACAGAUGUCCUCACACGUGCAUUGAUGUAAGACUUGGCACGUGCACUGAAGAUGACGAUGACGAAUGCGUACCAGGUUGCACAUGUCCCGACGGGAAAGUUUUGUAUGACGGGGAGUGUGUGCCCGAGAGGAAGUGCCCCUGUUACGACGAAGACGGAAACGCUGUGUUACCAGGCUUUGAAGUAAAUAUUGGACCAUGCGAAACUUGCGUCUGUCGAAACGGAGAAAUGGAUUGUAAUAAAGAACCAGACUGUUGCGAGUGGGAGACCUGGGGACCUUGGGGAGAAUGUAGUGAUACAUGUGGCGAGGCUACCAGAAACCGAUACAGAGUUUUACUGAACGGCGAUCCAUACAGUUGUGGCGAGAAGGUCGAUACUGGCGAGUGCCCACGCAAACCAUGUCCCGCUGAUUGUAAGAUACGCGGCGUUCCAUACCACAUUGGUGACGUCACAAAGGAAGAAGGUUGCGCGGUCUGUCACUGCACAACACAGGGCGAACAGUGCGAAAAUGACACACAUGCUAUUGUUGACGGAAACUGGUCUGACUGGAGCGAAUGGAGCACGUGCAGUAGGUCAUGUGAUGGCGGCGUAACAAAUAGAUACAGACAAUGUAAUGAUCCACUUCCACAGUGCGGCGGUGCGCCAUGCAAGGGCCGAAACUCUGAUACCAAACCAUGUAACAAUGAUGUUUCCUGUUGUGAAGUUACAGCCUGGAGCCAGUGGUCUGAAUGUUCUGCAACAUGUGACAGAGGAACCAGGACACGUGAACGUGCCUACAAGAGCCAAGCCGAUACCAGUGUGUGCGAUAAAGUGCUGCAAGAAACGGAGACUUGUCUUGAACACGAGUGCGAUAUGAAGUGCAAUGUAAGUCAGUGGUCCGAGUGGUCUGACUGCUCAGAGGAUUGUGGUAUUGGUAGAAAAACGAGAACGAGGAAUGUACGAGGACCCAAAUUCCCAGACUGCCCAGAUCUCACAGACUCAGCUGUAUGCUAUGAGAAAUCUUGUCGCUGUGGACCAAACGAGGAAUUCUCUAAUCACACCCUAUGUGAGCACACCUGCGCUAACAGAUUUGAUGGACCACCAGCAGAUUGUGAGGAGAAACUCAAAGACGGGUGUAUCUGCGAAGACGAUUAUUACAGAGAUGAAAACGGCGACUGCGUGAAAAUGAACGAAUGUGAUAAAUGCUACGUCGACGGCGAAUACAAGAAGCCUGGCGAAACAUGGACUUCCGGAGAGAAUGAGUGUUCUGCAUGCGAGUGUAUCGCUGGAGCUGUAAAAUGCUCACCAGUUUGUGAAAUACCUACAUGUGAAGAGGAUGAAACGCUCAGCUACGAAGGACCAAACCCUUGCUGUCCAAGAUGUGUCAAACGUACAGAUUCUUGCCGACGGUACACACGCAAAGAUUUCCUGCAGGAUUCUGCCCAUAAAUGUCGCUCUGUAUCCAAGAUAGACUUCUCAUAUUGUGAGGGCUCCUGCGGUAACAGUACAUCCAUGCCUAUGUUAUUCUCCAAGCCUAACAAUAACAUGCUAGACAAUGACUGCAGAUGCUGUACAGCUGAUGUAAGCCAUUAUGAUGAGGUGAAUGUUCUGUGUGGCGAGGGAAUGAACCAGAGCUUAAAGACAGCAUUUGUUCCAGUCAUAGUCGGUUGUAGAUGUCAGCCGUGCCAGGAAGUUACAGAAAACCCGAUUGUCAAAGGACGAUAGACCAACCUCGGAACGUUUAACCGACGACGAUUUUAGCCAAUUUUAUAAUUAUGAUGACUUUAUUGAUGCCGACCAAAUGAAAUGCGAAAAACUUUGUCCUGUAAAUAGACCCUUGCAAAAUGAAAAAAUACAAAAAAAAAAUCCCCCGUGAUAAAAAUAAACUGUGUAAAUAGAAAAAAAAAUGUUACAGAAAAUACAAAUGAAAAGAUGGCAUUAUAAAAAUGAUUUAAAAAAAUA